AUGACUAGCCUCACCCCUCGCCUCACCUCCCGCCUCACCUCCCGCGUCACCUCUCGCCUCACCUCCCGCCUCACCUCUCGCCUCACCUCUCGUCUCACCUCUCGCCUCUCCUCUCUCCUCACCUCUCGCCUCACCUCCCGCCUACCUCCUGCCUCACCCCUCGCCUCACCUCUCGCCUCACCUCCCGCCUACCUCCCGCCUCACCCCUCGCCUCACCUCUCGCCUCACCUCUCGCCUCACCUCUCGCCUCACCUCGCGCCUAACCUCGCGCCUCACCUCGCGCCUCACCAUGCGCCUCACCUCGCGCCUCACCUCUCGCCUCACCUCUCGCCUCACCUCGCGCCUCACCUCCCGCCUCACCCCUCGCCUCACCUCCCGCCUCACCUCUCGCCUCACCCCUCGCCUCACCUCCAGCCUCACCUCUCGCCUCACCUCUCGCCUCACCUCCCGCAUCACCUCUUGCAUCACCUCUCGCCUCACCUCUCGCCUCACCUCCCGCCUACCUCCCGCCUCACCCCUCGCCUCACCCCUCGCCUCACCUCUCGCCUCAUCUCGCGCCUCACCUCCCGCCUCACCCCUCGCCUCACCUCCCGCCUCACCUCCCGCGUCACCUCUCGCCUCACCUCCCGCCUCACCUCUCGCCUCACCUAUCGUCUCACCUCUCGCCUCACCUCUCGCCUCACCUCUCGCCUCACCUCGCGCCUCACCUCGCGCCUCACCUCGCGCCUCACCUCGCGCCUCACCUCGCGUCUCACCUCUCGCCUCACCUCGCGCCUAACCUCGCGCCUCACCUCGCGCCUCACCUCGCGCCUCACCUCUCGCCUCACCUCUCGCCUAACCUCUCGCCUCACCUCGCGCAUCACCUCCUGCCUCACCCCUCGCCUCACCUCCCGCCUCACCUCUCGCCUCACCCCUCGCCUCACCUCCCGCCUCACCUCUCGCCUCACCUCUCGCCUCACCUCCCGCCUACCUCCCGCCUCACCCCUCGCCUCACCCCUCGCCUCACCUCUCGCCUCAUCUCGCGCCUCACCUCCCGCCUCACCCCUCGCCUCACCUCCCGCCUCACCUACCGCGUCACCUCUCGCCUCACCUCCCGCCUCACCUCUCGCCUCACCUAUCGUCUCACCUCUCGCCUCACCUCUCGCCUCACCUCUCGCCUCACCUCGCGCCUCACCUCGCGCCUCUCCUCGCGCCUCACCACGCGCCUCACCUCGCGCCUCAGCUCUCGCCUCACCUAUCGUCUCACCUCUCGCCUCACCUCUCGCCUCACCUCUCGCCUCACCUCGCGCCUCACCUCGCGCCUCUCCUCGCGCCUCACCACGCGCCUCACCUCGCGCCUCAGCUCUCGCCUCACCUCUCGCCUCACCUUGCGCCUCACCUCCCGCCUCACCCCUCGCCUCACCUCCCGCCUCACCUCCCGCGUCACCUCUCGCCUCACCUCCCGCCUCACCUCUCGCCUCACCUCUCGUCUCACCUCUCGCCUCACCUCUCUCCUCACCUCUCGCCUCACCUCCCGCCUACCUCCUGCCUCACCCCUCGCCUCACCUCUCGCCUCACCUCCCGCCUACCUCCCGCCUCACCCCUCGCCUCACCUCUCGCCUCACCUCUCGCCUCACCUCUCGCCUCACCUCGCGCCUAACCUCGCGCCUCACCUCGCGCCUCACCAUGCGACUCACCUCGCGCCUCACCUCUCGCCUCACCUCUCGCCUCACCUCGCGCCUCACCUCCCGCCUCACCCCUCGCCUCACCUCCCGCCUCACCUCUCGCCUCACCCCUCGCCUCACCUCCAGCCUCACCUCUCGCCUCACCUCUCGCCUCACCUCCCGCCUCACCUCUUGCAUCACCUCUCGCCUCACCUCUCGCCUCACCUCCCGCCUACCUCCCGCCUCACCCCUCGCCUCACCCCUCGCCUCACCUCGCGCCUCACCUCGCGCCUCACCUCACGCCUCACCUCGCGCCUCACCUCGCGCCUCACCUCGCGCCUCACCUCGCGUCUCACCUCUCGCCUCACCUCGCGCCUCAGCUCGCGCCUCACCUCGCGCCUCACCUCUCGCCUCACCUCUCGCCUCACCUCGCGCCUCACCUCCCGCCUCACCCCUCGCCUCACCUCCCGCCUCACCUCCCGCGUCACGUCUCGCCUCACCUCCCGCCUCACCUCUCGCCUCACCUCUCGCCUCACCUCUCGCCUCACCUCUCGCCUCACCUCUCGCCUCACCUCCCGCCUACCUUCUGCCUCACCCCUCGCCUCACCUCUCGCCUCACCUCCCGCCUACCUCCCGCCUCACCUCUCGCCUCACCUCUCGCCUCACCUCUCGCCUCACCUCUCGCCUCACCUCGCGCCUCACCUCCCGCCUCACCCCUCGCCUCACCUCCCGCCUCACCUCUUGCCUCACCCCUCGCCUCACCUCCCGCCUCACCUCUCGCCUCACCUCUCGCCUCACCUAUCGCCUCACCUCUCGCAUCACCUCUCGCCUCACCUCUCGCCUCACCUCCCGCUUACCUCUCGCCUCACCCCUCGCCUCACCUCCUGCCUCACCUCUCGCCUCACCUCUCGCCUCACCUCCCGCCUCACCUCUCGCCUCACCUCCCGCCUACCACCUGCCUCACCCCUAUCCUCACCUCUCGCCUCACCUCCCGCCUACCUCCCGCCUCACCCCUCGCCUCACCUCUCGCCUCACCUCUCGCCUCACCUCCCGCCUCAACCCUCGCCUCACCUCCCGCCUCACCUCCCGUCUCACCCCUCGCCUCACCUCCCGCCUCACCUCCCGCGUCACCUCUCGCUGUCAGAAUGUUAUAGUGCUUACAUUUGUGUAG